UACCCGUCCUACCCUAUUCACAGAAGCUGAGCACGAAUUUUAGCAGCAAGACUCGACUUCAGUGCACGGGCAAGUGGCAAGUGCGAGAUGUUCUUUUCCCUGACUGAGCCUGUUUCUCUUCACACAAAGUAAGCAGGAAUUGAAUUUCCAAUGAAAGAAAAAACCAACGCAUUGUUCAUCUCCCCGCUGUGGCAAUAGAAGGCAGGUGACGUGUACAAAACCUGUAUUACAUCUACCUAUGUCAUCAAACUAAGGUCCUCCUCCAGUGCACCUGUCUCUUUGGGAAUAUAAAGGCUGCUUGGCUUCAAAAGCACCUUCGCAGGCUACACAAAGACAGGAAGGAUUUGGACGCUUACAUCUACAUUAACGUCUUAGCACUUGGUAAAUAAAGUUGACCUAACAGGCAUCAUGUCGAUGGGAAUGGAGAUCGGGGGCAUUGCCCUGGGCAUUAUCGGCUGGAUCAUUAGCAUUGUCGCUUGCGCUCUCCCUAUGUGGCGUGUCUCUGCCUUCGUUGGCGCAAACAUCGUCACCGCACAAGUCAUCUGGGAAGGUCUGUGGAUGAAUUGUGUUGUACAGAGCACCGGACAGAUGCAGUGCAAGAUCUACGACUCCAUGCUAGCGCUGUCGCAGGACAUGCAGGCGUCCAGAGCCAUGUCGAUCAUCGCCAUCAUCUUGGCCAUUCUGGGCGUGAUGAUCUCCAUCAUGGGCGCCAAAUGCACCAAUUGUAUCGAGGAUGAAGCAGCCAAGGCUAAGGUCAUGAUCGUCUCCGGCAUCAUGUUCAUUCUUGCCGGCAUCCUGGAGCUCAUUCCAGCGGCUUGGGUUGCAAACCAAAUCAUUCGUGAUUUCUACAACCCGUUACUGUCCCCCGCUCAGCAAAGAGAGAUCGGGGCAUCCAUCUACAUAGGGUUUGCUGCUGCUGUUCUGUUACUGAUUGGAGGAGCAUUGCUGUGCUGCACCUGUCCUCCACGGGAGAAGAACUACAAGCCACCGAGAAUGGGCUACUCCGCUCCACGCUCUACCAAUGGUGGAUAUGACAGGAAGGACUAUGUUUAAAACAUUGGUUGCUUGUAGGGAAAAACAAAGAAGAAAGAUUUGAAGAUCUCACACAAAGGGUGAAGAUACUUCUCAAUGGACUCCGCAAUGAAGGGUCAUACGAUGCUGUCAAUAUUUGCUUUUCGACUGACUGGUGUGUGUGCGUGGGCGCGUGCGUGAAUGUGUGUGUCUGAUAAGGGCUGGUUUUGUAGGUUUACUUAUUAGGGAUUUUUGUGUUUAUACAUUUCCUGUUUGAUAUUAUUUUAUUUGCUGUUGUGUACAUUUUUUGUUCAACUGUUUUUUGGUCAACCUUUUUUUGUUUCAUGUCUUCAUACCUAAAUGCAUAACUGUAUUCUUUGCCGAGCAAACUUCAAUAAGUAGAGAAGUGCAUUUUGUUUUGCUAAAGUGGUCGCUUGUCUAUCGCAAAUCUAUGUAGACAGGAAGAGGAAGACUUUAGCUCUUUACAUGUAUUUGCUUAGGAAAAUUCCAUUAGACAAAGAAAUGGAAUAUAUAUAUAAAUUUAGGCUUCAGUUGUGUCUAUUCUUGAGGACAUCUGAAUAGUUCCUCACAUUUUGUACAAUUGUUUUAUUAUGUACAAUUGUUUUAUUAUCUUUUUUUACAGAGAUUAAAGAUUGAAUGCAUUUCAUAACAAUUUUAUUACUGUGACUAAUAUGUGUCAGUUGUAUUACGUUUAUACAAUCAACAUUGAUUGUGGAAAUAUGAAAUAGUUAACACAUAACAUGUGGUAAAUAGUUUAAUAUUACAGCUGGUAAAUAAAACAAAUGGUCAGUUACAGCACACAAAAGACUGUUGGAGUGGUUGUACCUGUUUGACCAUUUGUUCUACAAUUGGGGCAGUAACGUGAAAACACAUUCUGAGAGAGACCACUCAGCAUACAAACCUUAUGCAAGCUGUACUGUUUGCCAAUGGUGGUGGCAGACAGAUCCGACAAAAAAAAAAACAGUCUGAAUAAAUGACAAGGGGAAGUAGGAUGGGGAUUGAAAAGUACAUUUAUAAGACACAGAAUGUUUAGUUUACUAUAUGUACAGUAUAUAUGUAUGUAUUUAAUUCCAUUGUAACUGCAAUAAAAACAGAAUUAAUGCUC